AAUAAAUAAAUAAAACGAAACUGAAACGCAAGUGCAAUUCCACGGAGGCAGCGCAAGCAAGCAGCCAAGAAGGCAGGCAGGCAGGGUGGUGGGUUGAAAAGGCAGGCGCCGAAUCCCACGCGGCCGCUGCCGCGCAGCGCAAGCGCCGCCACCGAACGCGCCCCCCCGCCUCCUCGCGCCGAGGCGACGCGACGCGACGCCCGCGCCGCUCUCGCCGCCGCCGAUCCAGCCCCCCUGCCCGCCUAUAUCUGCUCGGCUGAUUUCGCGCGCGAUCCCGCUCGGCGCUCGGAGAAUCAUCAUCAUCCGAGGCUUGUUUUGGGCGGUUGCCGCGGCGGAGUCGGAGGGCUUGGAUGGGCGGGCAGGGCGCGGGCGGGGGCGGCGGGCGGAGGUGGACGCAGCGGCCCUGCCGUACGGGAGGGGGCGGGGUCGUCAGGCGGACGGUGGCGGCGCUGGCGAAGGAGCAAGGGGCCACGGCCGCGGCCGCAGUCCCGCGGCGUGCGGAAGGAACAGGACUUUCGCUUGUGGGCAAACAACGAUGUAUCCGUGGAGUAUCAAAUUUCAGAAGCAACACUGGAUCCACAACCGAAAAUGAUUAUAUUUGUUCAGACUCUAGGGUAUUCAAUUACAGAAAUUCUAGUGGCACUUCUACAAGAUGUUCUGCCGGUGAACAACUGAAAAAUGGAAUGGGAAGUUGUCAUUCACAGCCUUCUGUGUUGGCAGAAUUAAUGCAUCUUGAUACAGCAAAGGCAGAAACUUCCUUUUCGAGUUCAAGACGGAGCAAAUUCUCUUACAAUUGGAAAUCGCUUCAUGGAAGUAGUACUACCUCAAGUUAUGGAUCACCCUGUCAUCCUAUGUUCAACCUCAGCAAACACAGUACUAAUCCGAAGCCACCUCCACCAUUAAAGAACUCCGCACGGAUGAGUAAUUUCAGUUAUCAAUUGGUUAGAAGUGCUGAAAGUCCAAAGAAUGCAAAAUAUUCCCUAUCAGAGAAAAUGUCACACUUACUAAAACCACCUAAUAGUAGCAGUCAUCAGAAUGGAAACUUCACUGUUGGUGCUUUAAAGAGGCGUCAUAAUAUUGCACAUUUUGGAGGAGCAAUCAACAAGCUUUUGAAAAAUGAGGUUCAUAAGAAGGCCACCCCAUCAGAGGGAAGACAUUGGCAGACUUUAUUGGAUAACUCAUUAAUCCGACAGAAUAAAUUGUACUGUUCAGAGCCACGCAAUGAAGAAUCAACUGAACAAUCAUGGAGCUCUACAGACAGUGAGUCUGAGAAGGCUGUGUGCUUUUCCUCCAGUGGCAGCAUUGCUGAUUUGCAUGCAUCGGUUUCAACUGACACCAGUGACUCAAGUGACCACUCUAUGUCAUCUUCGUGCCUAUCAGUAAAUGAUCGAUGGAAGAUGACUUUUAAGAAGGUACACUGUGCCCUUGCUGCAAAUUUAGACUCUAUGUAUGUCACUAACCACAAGGAGCUAGAGCAGCCAAGUCCAGUAUCUGUUCUUGAAAUUCCAGAUGAGGAUUUCUCUGUCACUAAAAGCAUCAAGCUAGAUCUCCAUCCAGAAAGUGAACUUGUUAGAUGUCCAUCUGUUGAGAGUACAGCUGAGGUAGGAGAAAUUGGAAUCAGUGAUUAUGCUUUGGGGGUGGAUGGACUAGAUGCUAGUCUGAACGGUGAAGCAAUACAGCUUGUUGAAGAUAUCUUUGAAGAAUUUGGAGAUGAAGAGGAAAGAGAAUUUUCUUACGUGCUGGAUAUACUGAUUGUUUCUGGCAUUCAUGGCACCGCGGAGGAUCAGCUGUACAAGGUAUGCCAAUCUCUUGAUUGUCCCGCAGGCUAUGAUGUGUUUGAGAAGCUUGAAAAGAAGUACAUGAAAGUUGCUGAAUGGUCAAGAUCAGACAGGAAGCUUAUCUUUGAUAUGGUUAACACCAUAUUAUCAGAAAUUCUUGCACCAUGUUUGGACAUGCACCCGUGGGUGAAAUCUGCUAGAAAAAUGGCACCAGUAUGGGGUUCAGAGGGUCUCCUGGAGAAGAUUUUGCAGAUGUUGGUUCAGAGACGGGAAGAACUUGGGCUAAGUAAGACUAAGCCUGAGAAGAAAGCGUUAGAUCGGAAGUGGCCAGAUUUAUCGGAUUGCAUUGACAGGGUAGGGAGGGAUGUGGAGAACAUGAUAAAAGAUGAUCUUUUGGAAGAGAUGCUUUUGGAUCUGUUCAGUUAGGCUGUUGGCUGCUUUCAGAGUUUCAGGUUUCCAUGGCACAAUACACUUGCUUCCCCCUUAUUUAGUUUUUGAUUUUUCUUAGGUACUUCUCAGCUUGUAAUGUUUCUUCGUUGGUUCAUAAGGUCAAAAGUUUUUUUUUUUUUUGGUUUGUUGAAGCAGUGGUUGACGAGUUUUUUAGUUGAGUCGCCGUGCUUGAGGUAUAGAGCAAGUUGUAAAUUUUGUUAGUUUAGAUCAGGUCCGUAGAUUAAAUUCUUUUAGAACGAGAAAGGGCAUCCCAUAGGUUGUAAGUCUUUGGCGGAAUGUAUAAGGAGUAUAGUGGCUCUCUAUUUGUUGGAUUUUCUCAGUUGAAGGCAUUUAAGUCUGUAAAUCGGGGAAAUAGUACCCUGCCAACAUUUGUAUUGUUCAUUGGAGAAUAAAUGAAGUGUGUACUUCUGAGUUUUGGUUGAGAGAAA